AUGAGCCCGCCGUUGGCCAUGUCAGUCACGCCGCAUUCUCAGACCUACACAUCCGUGCUCGCCGCUCUCGACCUGCCAUUUCAACACCGUAUCGGCAACACCAGGCUGCAUCCACGCUGCGAGCAGCGCGCUUUGCUAGUUAAUCUGACUCAGCACGGCCAAGCCGUGUCGCGCCGGCACCGCGCCGCGGGUUAUCAUCUGAGUAGUUCAGCUGUACUCGACAACAAGCAGCCGCAGUUACAAAGCUCGCUACGCUCGUCGAAGCUAUCGAGAGUUUCCCACCGCACGCCGAGCCGCUCGGUGCAUUGCGCGGCGGAUUCGUUACAGGGCGACGCGUUAGGCGGAGAUACAGGUGCAGUGAGGGAGGAAGGCGCGGAUGUGGUAGCAGGCGCGACAGUGAUUUCCGCGGCACAGGCAGGCAGCGAGGAGGCGGGGGGAGAGGCGGUUGAGCGGCAAGGCGCGGAGAAGCAGGAGGGGCCUCGGCUGGCGUGUCCUGUGUGUCUGCGGCCUCUGGAUGUGUCGUUCAGGAGCAAGCAGCGCUCCUUCUCCAUGUGCGUGCUACGUGCUGCUCCUUACUCGCUGCUCUCUACUCCCUGCUCUCUGCUUUCUGAUAUCUGCUCUCUGCCUCCCUGCCACACAGACGGCAUUCCUUCGUCACCUUUUGACGCUGCAAACCCUUUUUCCCUGCUCCCGCCCCCGUCACCCCUCAUCCUCACCUCUCCCGCGGUCUAUCCCUCACCGACGCUUUUCUGCACCACCAACCCUACUACCUUUCGCCUCUGCUUACCCCACACUCUCUGCCGCACCUUCCACCGUUCCUCCUCACCCCCCUCCCCCGUCCCCCUUUCAAUCCCCCUUCCAAUCCCCCUUUCAAUCCCCCUUCCAAUCCCCCUUCCAAUCCCCCUUCCAAUCCCCCUUCCAAUCCCCCUUCCAAUCCCCCUUCCAAUCCCCCUUCCAAUCCCCCUUCCAAUCCCCCUUCCAAUCCCCCUUCCAAUCCCCCUUCCAAUCCCCCUUCCAAUCCCCCUUCCAAUCCCCCUUCCAAUCCCCCUUCCAAUCCCCCUUCCAAUCCCCCUUCCAAUCCCCCUUCCAAUCCCCCUUCCAAUCCCCCUUCCAAUCCCCCUUCCAAUCCCCCUUCCAAUCCCCCUUCCAAUCCCCCUUCCAAUCCCCCUUCCAAUCCCCCUUCCAAUCCCCCCACUCCCCUCUCCCCCCGCCCGCAGGCAGUCAGCGCCAUCGGCGCGCCUGCAGUGCGCGCCAUGCCGGCGCACGUACACAGCGCGCGCGGGAUUCGCGGACCUGGUGCUCACGGCGGGGGUCACGCAGUACAUUGAGCCGCCCCUGCCCUCGCGCUCCGAGACCUUCAAGAACCCCCUGGUGUCCUUUGCGUAUGAGCGUGGGUGGAGGCAGAGCUUCGCUGGCUUUGGCUUCCCGGGACCUGAUGAGGAGUUCCUGAUGGCGCAGCGGCUGUUCCACGAGCAGAAGGGCGGGCUUCUGGUGGACCUCUCGUGUGGCUCGGGGCUCUUCACGCGCCGCUUCGCUGCCAGCCAGGACUGGCGCCACGUGGCAGCUGCUGACCUGUCGCCCGCCAUGCUAGAGCAAACGGCGCAGUACAUUCAGGACGACCCGCUGCUGCGGGAGCAGCAGAGCGCCAUAUCGCUACUGAGAGUGGAUGUAUCGCGCCUGCCCUUCCCAUCGGCAUCAGUGGACGCCAUUCAUGCCGGCGCCGCCCUGCACUGCUGGCCCUCGCCCUCCCUCGCAAUGGCGGAGAUCAGUCGUGUGUUGAGGCCGGGGGGCAGGUUCGUGGCCACCACGUUUCUGCUGCCCAAGGCGCCCAUCGCCGACGAGCUCUUCAAGCCCCUGCGCAAGCAACUGUCGGUGAGUCAGCAGUUGCCGUUCCGGUACUGGGAGCCAGAGGAGCUGGAGGAGCUCAUGGGGCUGGCGGGGUUGGAGAACUACAUGAGCGACAUCCGCUCACAGUACAUCAUGCUCUCCGCUCAGAAGCCCACGCGGUGA